UAAGAUCAAAGACGAGUUUUAACCUCAGAUGUACUUCCUUUUUUACUUUUGUACAAGUCUUAUAGUGGAACCUGUUUAUGUGGGCAAGUCGGAGUCGGAAUUAAGUCCUGGUACAGCUUAGUACUACAAAAGGAGAAAUCAGAAAAUGGCUCAGCAUGGACAAAAACGUAAAUUAGAACUCCACACUUUAGAUAUUAAGUACCAGGCGGUGAAGGCCGUGGAAGGGGGUACCGCACGCGCUACGGUCCAGGAACAGUUCAAAGUCAAGCGCAACACUCUGAGCGGCUGGAUCAAACAUGCCGGCAACAUUAAAGAGCGGUACGAGUCCGGGAGUGCCAACUUCAAGAGUAAGAAAAUGAAGCAGGCUAAAAACCCUGACGUGGAGAAAGCCCUGUACUCGUGGUACUGCGACGUCCGUGGGAAGCAUCCCGCUUUUCCCAUUCGACGUGACUUGCUUUCGCAGAAAGCGGAGCAGUUCGCUAGAGAACUUGGAGUCGGCAACUUCAUUCCCUCCAAUGGCUGGUUUACUCGCUUUAAGCAACGCUACAACUUGACGUACAAGCGCGUGAGCCGUGAAACGAAACACGGCAGCGCGUUGUCCCAACCCGGUGAGUGGAAAGAGCGUCUGGCAAAAGUCUUAUCAGAUUAUAAUCCCAGAGACAUCUACAAUGCGGACGAAACGGCUCUAUUCUUCAAAUUCACACCAAAUGACACGAACGCAACCCCCGGUGAAUCGGAUCAAAAAGAUCGAGUCACACUUAUGGUGGCGGCUAACAUGGACGGCAGCGAUAAAGUCCCUUUGUUUCUCAUCGGAAUGUUCAAAAAUCCACUUUCUUGGAAGCACGUUCGGCGUUUCCCGCUAAAAUAUGAUCACAAUAAAGAAGCCUGCAUGACUCCGGCGUUGUUCAUCACGUGGCUUCAACAGCUGGAUCGAAGCAUGGUCCUUCAGAAGCGAAAAAUCUCUUUAAUUGUCGAUAACUGCUCAGCCCAUCCAAACGUUGAAGACUUACAAGCGAUAAAAUUGGUCUUCCUUCCCGAAAACUCCACGUCAGACACCCAACCCAUGAAUCGGGGCAUUAUCCGUACGCUGAAAUUCCAUUACAGAAAAAUGCUCACUAGGAAAAAGCUAGCAUUUCUUGAAGCCAAUGGAAAAUUUAGGGAAGAUCUCCUCGGGGUCAUGUAUUCCCUGAGGAAUGCUUGGGAUGCCGUCAGACCGGAAACGAUCCAAAACUGUUUCUUCCGAGCAUUUAGCGCUGAUUGCGAAGAUAACAUCAAAGUUUUCCAGGGCUUCCAACCGGAAGACGAGGAAGACGAUAAACCCUUUUAUUCUGCCAUCGGACUGGACCAGGAAGAUUUCAAAGCCAAAUGCAACCCUCAGGAAGAGGAUUUGGAAUUUUGGGCACCCUGCACCGAUCGAGAUACCUCGAAGCCGGAUGAUACCGACGAUGGCGGGAAUGAGGAAGACGAACUCGAUGCCGACUCGCCCCCACCGACCAUGAAAGAUGCGCUCCAAGCUGCAGAAGUGCUCCGAACGUUUUCCAUGAUGAGCGGUGACGAAGAACUGUUGCGGAAAACUGAAAAUGUUAGUUUGAUGUUGCAAAAGAAGCAGCUUCUUAACGUCGAUAGAUUUUGGAAAAAAAAUGUAAAUACCUCAACUUAACUGUUUUGGAAUGCUUAUGGAAAACUGCAAUAACAAUAGAAGUUGUACUUUGGCCUUUGAUUUUUGUGUUGCUAUGACGAUUCAAUAAAAUACAAAUACACGCCAUUGAAGAAUUGAAGGUUGGAGAGCCGCUAUAGGUGGAAAAAUCCGAGCCCAAGUCCCGUAAAUGAGCAAGCGAUAGUGAUACUGUGAUCAUGGUACACAUGGUGGUUGGCUGUGGACGAUUGUUCGAUCUGCCGAUAUUGUCCAACUCUCCAUCUUGGAAGUCAGCCAAAGCAUGUCCCAAGAUGAUAAAAAUAAAAAGUUCUCACUUUCACGUCUGCCAUCUUACUUUGUCCUUCCCACCCAAACCAAUUACCGUAGCAUUAGCACAAACAGACUGGAGGCUAACUAGUGAUAGCUUGCUCAAUGUGAUGUAAACCAAAUAUAAUAAGACUAUAUAAUAAUGGUAAUGGUUUAAUUUCAUUUGAACAUGCAUCAGAUUCCAAUUGAGUGCAUCCCAUAAUCAGUUCCCACUUCCACAUGUCCAAAAGGAGUAGGAAGAAGCAAAGCUUAUUAAAUCCUACCCCUCC